AUGUGGCUGGAUUCGCCCGCUUGUAGAGCCCUUGAGCUCGACGACGAAGGACUUCCGCCAGAUUUCGAGGAGAUAGACCCAACCACGCCGCUAAAUGACGCCAAGCACUUUGGAGAGGGUGUAAAGCGUGGAGUCAUCCACGUUUUGGCAACCAUUCCACUCUCCCCAUCGGAUCGCGUUACCCUCAUUCCAGAAGCACUGGAACUGUUUGAGCGGCUUUUGACUCUCAAACUCACACAAGCCCCACCGACACUGACUCAAGAUAACCACGAUUUCAACGACUCGCUGUGCGAAUUUUAUGAUUGCUACCGCCCCAACCAUCGCGUACGUUGCAUGCUGCUCGACGUGGCGCUCCCACAGUCCCUGGUGAUCGCGUCGCACGAGUUUCGCCGCAGCAACCAAGAUCUGGCCGCGGUGAUGGAGAUUCCGGACAUCGACGACGAAAGGAACGGGCUGCUGCUCUUCAGUCCGCUGAAAUACGCGUUCGACCGCCACCAAAUCAGUUUUAUUGGUGAUGACAAAGGUGAUCUCCGCUUGAAGAUUUUUGAUUCGUCGAUCCAAGACACUCGCCUCGUUGAUCUCAAGGACCGCGACGGUAAAAGACUGUUGGGUAAAAGGCGUUUGAGAACCCUCAGGAAACGCACACAAGACUUUGAUGUCGAGACUACCUUUGGCAGUGUGGAUGGGAGAGCGCUGGCGUUCACGAACCUGAAGCGACCUUUCUAUCAAUGGCUGAACUUCCAAGCGAGGGUGGCUGAGUGA